AUGGGGAUUGCAGGACUCCACGGCCUCCUCAAAUCCAUCCAGAAACCAUGUAGCCUGCGCAAAUUUAAAGGCCAGACCCUAGGCGUCGACGCUUAUGGCUGGCUCCAUCGAGGAACAGUCGCGUGCGCCAUCGACCUCGCUCUCGACAAGCAUAAUACCAGAUACGUCGACUUCGCCAUGAACCGCGUCCGCAUGCUCCUCCACUUCGGCAUAAACCCCUACCUAGUCUUCGACGGUGACAACCUCCCCAGCAAAGCAGGCACCGAAUCCUCCAGAGCCAAACGGCGCGAAGAGAGUAAAAGGCUCGGCCUAGAACUAUUCCAUGCAGGCCGCUUAUUCGAGGCCCAGCAGGAGCUGCAGAAGGCCAUCGACGUCACACCUUACAUGGCCCGGCUGAUGAUCGAGGAGCUGAAACGGGUGAAGGUGCAGUAUAUCGUUGCACCUUACGAGGCGGAUGCGCAGCUCGUCUACCUCGAGCGCCAGGGGAUUAUUGACGGGAUCAUAUCGGAGGAUUCGGAUAUGCUUGUCUUUGGAGCGAAGAGGUUGUUGUCUAAGCUUGAUAAGCAUGGCGAUUGUGUGGAGAUUAAUCGAAGUGAUUUUACGGCUUGUCAGGAUAUUAGUUUGAUUGGGUGGACGGAUGCAGAGUUUAGGGCUAUGUGCAUUCUUUCCGGUUGUGACUAUCUGGAUAACCUGCCGAGGAUGGGGCUGAAGACGGCGUAUCGAAAUAUAAGGAAGUAUAAAACUGUCGAAAAGACUAUGAAAAUGAUUCAGUUUGAAGGGGGUAGUCGGGUCCCCCCGCAGUACCUGGAGGAUUUUAAACGGGCUGAAUUUACCUUCUUGCAUCAGUUGGUGUUCUGCCCCGUCGCUAGGAAGCUGGUUACAUUGUCCCCGCUCUCAGGUGACAUGACGCUGGAAAGUAUGCCAUUUGUCGGUGCGGAUAUAGAUCCAGAUACGGCUAUCGGGAUCGCCUGCGGGGACCUGGACCCCAGGACGAAGGAAGCUAUAGUUCUACGACCGUCGUACCCGGAGCGAUCGAGGUUGGUUCGACGCCAGACCAUGCCGGCGUCGGUGGGGUUUAAGAAACCCGGAACACCUAUAAAUGCAUACUUCACGCCAAAACGCGUUCCGCUGGGUGAAUUGGACCCGAACAGCCUCACGCCCUCACCUAGUCAACAACGGCUUUUAGAUGCGAAUACACAGCGGUCGUGGGUGGCUAGCUCGGCACCGGCGAGGGUCAGUGGUCGCAGAAUGGAUUCUUCCGCUUCAUCAUCUUCUUCUCCUUUCUCGAUUUCCACUUCCAUUUCCACUUCUACUGCAACUUCAGCUCCUGGCCCUGCUCCUGCGCUUUCCAGGCUGGCAUACGAAACGCCACAGAGCAGCGAGAGGGAAAGGUUCCUCGCCAGCGCUUCAACCGUGUCGAAGUUCCAGCCUGUUAAGCGGCAGCGCCUGUGUUCGGAUGCCGACGAGGAGGUGGCUGCUGCUUCUGUGCUAGGGGCUCCUGAUGGGGAACGAAGUCGGUUCUUUACUGCGAGUGCUGUGGGGGCCAAAAGCAGUCCGACGGCUAGCAUUGGUAUUAGUGGUCGGGAGAAUGGAAGGGUUAAGAAGGCUAGGAUGUCGGAUUUUGGUGUGUUUUCGGACGAGAUUGUGGAAGGUAUCAUGGUGCAGCUUCCGGGUGGGGCGGGGUUGGAUGGUGGGACUCCGGGUUGUGAAAUGGGUUUGUCUCCGAGUACGGUAGCGAGAAGCGAUGUGGAUGUGAAGCGGGAUACUGGGGAUACCCAGGAGAGUGUGGCUGUGGAAGAAGAAGAAGAAGAAGAAGAAGAAGAAGAAGAUAAUAGUACUGCAGCAUGCACGACUGGGUUGACACAGGCGAUGAUGGGGGUUUCAUCUGGUAUUGAGGGUGAAGGUGAUCCCAAGUUGCUCAUCGAGCCGUUUGAAUACGACUGCGAUGACAACGACGCAAGCAAGGCAAAGACGACGAGGACCUCGAAGUUACUUGAUAGAUUUGCGUUCGUCGAAUCGAAGGCGCAAGCCGUGAAACAGGCUGCUGAAAGCAAACUGGUGCAUGAUAUUGCAAGAAAAAAGGCGCCUAUCUGGGAGAGCUCCAGUGCGAUACUCCAGCAGCAGCAGCGGGUCCGUGCGCGGGAUCUGGCGCGGAUGACGCCCUUGCAGCGCCUGAGACAGGCUGCGUUGCAUCGGUCUAAGUCUAUGGAGUGUUUGAGGUCGACGCAGUUGGUGCGUGAUGCAGAUAGGUUUGAUGAUUGCGGGGAUGAUGGCAGGGAUGAUGGGGAGGAGAAGACGAGGAGAGAAGAGGAGGAGGAGAAGGAGGAGGAGGAGGAGGUUGGUUUUGUCAGUGAUGAUACGCCGUUGCGACUUCGGCCUGUGUCAUUGCCCAUGAAGAAGUUUAUGGCACAAACUGAGGGACCAUGUUUGCCUGUGUUGAAUUUGAAAGAGGGAGGGAGGGGGAGUGAGGAUUUUAUUGUGCCGGACAGUGAAGAGGAGGAGGAGGGGGAGGAGGUGGUGGAUUUGGAUUUGUUGCGGAAUGAUGUGGGAAAGGUAGGGGAAGAGGAAGAAAAGGGGAAGGGGGACGCUGCUGCUCCAGCUGCUGUCGCUGUUGAUGCGGACUUUAAGCGCUUCCUGUUCACGGCUGGUAGGUGA